GAUACAGUAAUGAGUACGGAAGGCACACAUCCGUCACCCACGUGGCUCACUGCGGAUUAUGUGGAGCAAAAGUUACGAGUUUAUUUCAAGAACAACUCCCUGAAAUUAAUAAAACUCCAGAUUAAGCCCGCCAGUCCCAAGGGCAAGAACUAUGCCAGCGUCAUGAACCGCAUCAGUGUGGAGUACACAACAACAACGGAUUCGAAGAUCAAAAAGGUGACCAGUUUUCUGGUUAAGGCCACUUUUGCCGACAAGGAUCCUGCAUCUGAGUUACUUUCGGAUUACGGGAUCUACACCCGUGAGAUGGAUAUAUACGAACGGAUCCUGCCUGAUCUGGCGAAUAUGGUGAAGAAUGAAAUCGGAGACUCUCAAAAGUUGUUUGCGGCAACUGUGGAUGUGGAUCGUUCGAAGGAAUCCAUCAUCUUUGAGGAUCUUUCUCUGGAGGAGUACAAGGUUGCCAGCAGGCUAAAAAAACUAGAUCUCGAGCACACUCACCUGGUUCUUGAGAAGCUGGCCAAUUUCCAUGCCGCAGGUGCAGCUCUGGCAAAGCGUCAGCCAGGGAUCUUUGAAAAAAAUUUUGAUCGAGGCUUCUUUAAUAAGCACACUCGGGGAUAUGAAUCCACAAUGAAAAAUUUGCUAGAGGCAUUGUCCCGGUCCUUGGAGUUCAAUCAAGAUCUUAAGCAGCGUUACCAGGCGAAGAUCGAUCGCUUGGUAGAUCAUGUGAUGGAUUAUGGCGAGAAAUCCACCUCCAUUAACCCCGGAGACUUUGUGACCCUGGCUCACGGAGAUCUUUGGACCACCAACAUCAUGUUUCAGUACGACGGAAAGGGUCAUCCUACGAAUGCCAUCCUAAUAGACUUUCAAUUCAGUGUUUGGAACUCUCCGGCUAUUGAUCUGCAUUACUUUUUUUCCACCGCGAUGGAUGACAAUCUUCGGUGGAACAGUCAGCCGGAGUUGGUUCAGUUUUAUUAUUACAAGCUAGUGGAAUCUCUGAAGAAGCUCAAGUACUCAGGCAGUGUGCCAAGUUUAUUUGAUUUUCAGCUACAGUUUCAGCGAAGGGCGUUUUACGCUGUAUUCUCUUCGUUAAUUUUUGAGCCCUGCAUGCUGUACACUGGAAAGGAGGAGGCGUCUAUUGCGCAGGGUAUGUCCGACUCCGAGAGUGGAAUCCGGUUCAGAGAUUCAGUAUUUGAGGCGGAGCACAUUAGGAAUAAAAUGUUUUUCACACUUCCGUAUUUGGAUCAGUUUGGGUUGUUAGAUACUAUGUGAAAUUGAAGUAUAAAAUAGAUAUUAGAAGAAAGUAUUCUCAA